UAUGUGACGCAGCACAACAAGGAGCUCAGCCAGCGGGUGAAACCGAAGGCAGAUCCAGUGGCGCCUCCUCUCCAGGAGAGCCGACAACUGGGUCGGGACAAAACGGUUCCGCGCAGGAUUCGCCCCGUUUGCCCCGUUCCUGUGCCCUUGGCUGACACCCUGGCCGGGAAUGAGCCGGCAGGAGCUGCGGACACGGGAGGCUCGGCCUCCUCGCCAGCCGCGGGCUCCAAGGAGGAGCGGCAGUGGAAGGAGAUGAAGCUGCAGCCGGGCGACUUGCCGGGAAUUCUGGCACGUUUGUCCAAAAUCAAGCUCACAGCGCUCGUCGUGAGCACCACGUCCGCCGGCUUUGCCAUGGCCCCCGUCCCCUUCGACGUGACCUGUUUCCUCCUGGCCUCCCUCGGCACCGGCCUGGCUUCCUGCGCUGCCAACUCCAUCAACCAGUUCUUUGAGGUUCCCUUUGACUCCAAUAUGAACCGGACGAAAAACAGACCACUGGUGCGGGGACAGAUCAG